CAUCAUUUUCCAGUCCAAACCGGAUGGGGGUUUUGGUGUUCCAAACGUGGAGUGGAUAUAUAAUGCAACAAGACUGUCACACCUCCUUAAAAUGCUGAACAAUGAUGACAACACCGUAAGGGAGCUUGCUAGAUCAGCUCUGUUCUUGGACAUGAAACGACGCAAAGUCCCCUUGGCAAGAGAAGGUGAGCCAAGCUUCCUGGGCUUCAAAAGAAAAUCAAACUUUAAAAUGGAGACACACUGUGCUGGUUUUGGGGUCUGGUCAGAUUGGCCUGACCUCAAUGACCUUUGCGUAAGAGUCGGAGUAUCCUUGGACUGGGUGAAACCUGACACAGAAACCAUAAUCGUUUCUGAGGAUUUGAUAACUGACAGUUUAACCUCAGUAAGGGCUACUGUUGUGGAUACAGGACAUCAUCUAUCACCUGACAAUGCACGAAGGUACCUUGUAAAGCUACAACAACAGCGACAGCAACAACACUGGACUGGUUUAAAACUACAGGGAAAGCUUGCUUGCCUUCCUACUGCAGAUCAUGCUGUCUCUCACUCAAUACUCAAAAACUCUGCAGUUGAUGAAGACAUAGCGACUUUUGCAGCCAAAGCCAGACUACAAGUUCUUCCAACUAGAUUCAAUCUUUCUCUUUGGUACCCUAACACAUUCUCUUCCCACUGUUUGCACCAUGAUAGUCAGAUAAUUAUUGAAUCCCUGUCUCAUGUUCUGAAUGGCUGCUAUGUGUAUAAGGGAAUGUACAUUGCCAGACAUGACAGAAUUGUUGACUUACUAGUUGAACACAUAAUUCCAUAUGCUUCACCAUGCAAAAUCUACAAGAAUGUAUGCGUCUCACCUUGCAUGUUCAAACUCUGUAAUAAUGGAAAUAAUGUGUUUUCAAAUGUUGUUGCAAAAAAGCCAGAUGUUGUUGUUGUUGAUGAGGACAGCAGAGAAGUAACCAUUCUUGAAGUAGGCUGUGCAUUUGACUACAGCCUAGAGGAUGCCUACCUUACAAAGCUUUUAAAGUAUCAGCCACUCAGAGACAUUGUUGUACAGCUUGGGUACAAAUGUAAGCUGUUGGUGUAUAUAUUUGGAAGCCUAGGUAAUGUCCACAGACUAGUAGUCAGGGGGUUGCAGAUUGCUGGUCUCUCUAAGACAAGAGCAAAGGCUCUAGCAAAAUUCUGCUCAAUUUCUGUGAUAAUUGGCAGUCGCCACAUCUGGAGAAGGCGCUGUUUUUUGUACCCAUGAACUGAGACCAGAGGCAUAGGCUACUGGGUUUACAAUGCUGGUAUCUAAGAUUGUUUGUGUUCAAUGAAAUCUAUUGUAAAAUGUGAACACAAAUAAAGGUAUUAAAGUGUGUGUGUGUGUGUGUGUGUGUGUGUGUGUGUGUGUGUGUG